AUUGGAGGUAUGAAGGAAGGAGAUUAUCUUGUUGGUAUAGGAGAUCAAGAUGUCAAGUGGAGUACACAUGCUGAUGUAGUCAAUACUAUCAAGGGGGCGGGCAACAGUCUCAAACUACGCUUGGUAACGCCCCUCAACAAAGCUAAAACAUCCUUCUCAAAACCAAAGGUGCUCGGAGGCAUGUCUCCUACCUCCACCACCUCCUCCUCCUCCGGUUUAUCCUCCGCUGGUUCCUCCUAUCCCUCCGAUAGUUCCGGGGUGUCUCCUCCCCUCUCUGAGGUUGGAUCUACCAGAGGAAACCAGAAGUUAAACUUUUCAAUAUUUAAGAAAGCUCGAGAUAGAAGAUCCUAUAGGGACGAGUUUCCCGAGGAGAAUAUUAGUUUCAGAUAAAUUCAAAAUAUUUGAAAUAUUUGAAAUCAGAAAGCAAAUAUUUUUGAUUCCGAUAAUUGUGUUAUCAGAACAAUUUCUGACCUUUUGAGUGAAAUAUCACAAAUCAACGACGGUUGAUAUCGAUAUCCACUACAAGCACUUUAAUUUCACGAUAAUGUGCUUGAUUCUCCAAUUUCCCGACCACAGGUUAUUUAAGAGGAAUUUAUUAAAUCCUUUGAACGACAAAAUAUCCCUGGAUUAAGAAAAGUGUUGACCUCGUUUAUCAAAAAAUUAAAAAGUAACUCAGUUAAAGCACGAGUAUUACAGUAGAAUUAAAACUGAACAAAUGAAGUGCUAAAAAAUCUUGAUUUGUAUAUAGAAUGUUUAAUUCAGUAACUCUUAUAUGUAAAAUGUAAAAAAACGUAUUGUAUCAACUUCAAGUCCUCGAAUGAAGAUUUCCGAGUUAUUUUUUCCUCUCCACAGACAUUAUACAGUGGUCCCCAGAUUAAAGUGGUAUAGUAUGACGACUUCAAAUUAGUCUGAAGUGCAUCAUCUUUUGUUUCUGAAAGCCCACUACUUAAGUUUAAAAAAAAUAAGAGAAAAGGUGAAUCGAUUUAUUUCACAAUGUUCUGGAAACCCCUGAAUUUACUGCAUAUAUAUAAAUAUAAAUAAACUAGUCUCAUCUACUGUGAUAUCUCGGCGUGCCACAAUUUAAACUUUUUGGGCAUCAAACUUAAAUGUUAUAAAAACAUGAAUUUAUGCAAUUAGAAAUUAAUAAUUGUUUUGUACUGAUAUAAUUUUUAAGUGUUAACUUUUAAGUGGGUUCCUUAAUCCUAAUCCUCUAAUUAAAAAACCCCUUUUGCGUGUUUUUAUUGGAAUGCCAAGGGUUAGUUUUAAUUUUACCACUUGUUUACUUUAUAUUUGUUACAAAUUGAAUCAAAAUAAAUAUAUAAGCGAAAUUA